UUAUCUUUUAGUUCCUCAUAAAACUAUUUUUGUCCCUUAAAUGUUCUUAUUUAACCAUUGCAGCCCAAAAUCAGUCCCUGGAAGAUGAACAGAUGUUUCGUAGUUGUGCAAUUUUAAUCGGUUUGCGGCGAAUUAGCUUACCACUGCCAAAGCGGAACUGUUAUACUUUUAUAGUUUUAGACGGUACCGUUGCGUAAACGGACUGUAUGUUCCCCAGCUGAUCCAUUCGAACAAAAGAUCAUGAGCAAAGACUCCCAAAUGAGGGCUGCAAUAAACCAGAAGCUAAUAGAAAUGGGGGAGCGGGAGCGGUUGAAAGAGUUACUCAGGGCCAAGCUGGUGGAGUGUGGAUGGAAGGAUCAACUGAAAGCGCACUGUAAAGAUGUGAUCAGAGAAAAAGGCCUGGAGCAUGUCACAGUGGAAGACCUGGUCACAGAAGUCACACCAAAAGGCAGAGCACUUGUACCAGAUAGUGUGAAAAAAGAGCUCCUUCAGAGAAUCAGAGCUUUUCUAGCUCAGCAUGCGACCUUGUGAACCAGACAAAGUUUUUUUUACUCGCUGUAGAUCCAAACUGAUGUUUGUUCUCAUUGUGAGCAACGCUGAAGUAUUAUUUUUAUUUUGUAUUGUGUUUUCGUAUUGUUUUUAGUUUGUUAUGCAGCAGUUUUGGGAAAAAAAAUAAAUACAUUCAUACCUAUU